GGAGAUAGUCACCUCUUGAGUUCAGGAGUGUCCCACCACGUCUAAGAGAAAAACGCGAAAACCCGAUUCCCAUAAGAGAGCGUGGCCUACAGAGUAUGACUCUGAGGACCCUACCACCCAGCAGCAGUUUCGAGGAAGAGCGGGCCUGGCUCACGGGCCACCCUUGCCCCAGCGUCAAAAAUGCAAUCUACAGCCGCCUCUCCGUCUCAGGUGCCCCCAGCACAGAGGCCCUGCACCGGCCGUUUGGGCUGGACUCGGCGGCGUUGACCGAGGCUGUGCGCUGGAGCUCCAAGGAGAAUCUGCUGGGCGCCACCGAGAGCGACCCCAACCUCUUCGUUGCACUUUAUGAUUUUGUCGCCAGUGGCGACAACACACUAAGCAUUACGAAAGGUGAGAAGCUGCGCGUUCUGGGCUACAACCAGAAUGGCGAGUGGAGCGAGGUGCGCUCCAAGAACGGCCAGGGCUGGGUACCCAGCAACUACAUCACGCCGGUCAACAGCCUGGAGAAGCACAGCUGGUACCACGGGCCAGUGUCGCGCAGCGCCGCCGAGUACCUGCUCAGCAGCCUCAUCAACGGCAGCUUCCUGGUGCGCGAGAGCGAGAGUAGCCCCGGGCAGCUGUCCAUCUCGCUGCGCUACGAGGGACGCGUCUACCACUACCGCAUCAACACCGCCUCCGACGGCAAGGUGUACGUGACGUCGGAGAGCCGCUUCAGCACGCUGGCGGAGCUCGUGCACCACCACUCGACGGUGGCCGACGGCCUGGUGACCACGCUGCACUACCCGGCGCCCAAGCGCAACAAGCCCACCGUCUACGGCGUGUCGCCCAUCCACGACAAGUGGGAGAUGGAGCGCACCGACAUCACCAUGAAGCACAAGCUGGGCGGCGGGCAGUACGGUGAGGUGUACGUGGGCGUGUGGAAGAAGUACAAUCUCACCGUGGCCGUCAAGACACUCAAGGAAGACACUAUGGAGGUGGAGGAGUUUCUAAAAGAGGCUGCUGUCAUGAAGGAGGUGAAGCAUCCCAAUCUGGUGCAGCUACUCGGUGUGUGUACACUGGAGCCCCCCUUCUACAUCGUGACUGAGUACAUGCCCCACGGGAACCUCCUGGACUACCUACGUGAGUGCGACCGUGAGGAGGUGACUGCAGUGGUGCUGCUCUACAUGGCCACGCAGAUCUCCUCCGCCAUGGAGUACCUGGAGAAGAAGAACUUCAUCCACAGGGACCUGGCGGCACGUAACUGUCUGGUGGGCGAGAACCACGUGGUGAAGGUGGCGGACUUUGGGCUGAGUCGGUUGAUGACUGGGGACACGUACCAGGCCCACGCCGGAGCUAAAUUCCCCAUCAAGUGGACCGCUCCGGAGAGCCUGGCCUACAACACCUUCUCCAUCAAGUCAGACGUCUGGGCAUUUGGUGUGCUGCUGUGGGAGAUUGCCACCUACGGCAUGUCCCCAUACCCGGGCAUCGACCUGUCCCAGGUGUACGACCUGCUGGAGAAGGGCUACCGCAUGGAGCAGCCCGAGGGAUGCCCACCCAAAGUCUACGAGCUCAUGAGGGCCUGCUGGCAGUGGAGCCCCAUGGACCGGCCCUCCUUUGCCGAAACCCACCAGGCCUUUGAGACCAUGUUCCACGACUCCAGCAUCUCAGAAGAGGUGGCAGAGGAGCUGUGUAAGACCUCUAGCCAGGGGGCUUCCUCUCACUCCUUCGGCCACGACAUGCCACUCCUGCCCUCCAAGGUGUCCUCCCGGACCCUGCGCAAGCACGCCGAGAACAAGGAGAACAUCGAGGGCGGCCUGGAUGGACGAGGCGACUCGGAAGAAAGAGGAGGAGGAGGAGGAGGAGGAGGGCUGGGCCCCGCAGGCCUGAUGGCGUCUCUGUUGGGAGGGGAGGGCCGUUCGGGCAGCUCCCCAGCGUUGCCGCGGAAGCAGCGCGACAAAUCUCCCAGCAGCCUCCUGGAGGACGGCUCAGAGACCACCUUCACUCGGGACCGCAAGGCCGGCUUCUUCAGCUCAUUCAUGAAGAAGAAGUCUUCCUCCUCCUCCUCCUCCUCUUCCUCGCCCUCUGCCCAUGCCCAGCAGAACCUUCCCAUGCCCCCCAAGCGCAGCAGCUCUUUCCGAGAGAUGGAGACGCAGCCCCACAAGAAGUACGAGCCCACGGCGGCCUUCUGCGCCCCACCGCCCCCAGACGGGCUUGGCUUCUCCCCGUCCCACGGCGAGGCCAACCACGUCCAGGCGCGCUGCUGCGGCGCCGCCUUCGGUCAGAAACCCGGUGCGCCCUCCGGUGGACAGGUAGGGGGUAGCAGCAGCGGCAGCAGCAGCGGUAGCAGCUGGGGAAGCCUGGCCGGCUUCUUCACUCCACGCCUGAUCAAGAAGACCCUGGGGCUGCGCUCGGGUGGGGGCAAGUCCCAGAGCUCGGACGAGAAGCCCUUCCCCAGGUCCAACUCCACCUCGUCCAUGUCGGCGGGGCUUCCCGAUCUGGAGCGGAUGGCUCUGACGCUGCCACGCAAGAGCAGCAGCAGCAGCAGCAAGCCCCCGCUGGAGCGGACGGCCUCCACCACCUCGCAGCCCGAGAAUGGGGCUCCCGGCCGGCCGGCAGAAGCGCCGCUCAUGCUCCGGAAGAUGGACGAGGGCACGGCGCAGAUCCGCGAGCGGCCCAAGGCCAAGCUGCUGCCGCGCGGCGCCUCGGCGGCCACCAGGGUACCAGGCGUAGGGGGCGAGGGAGAUGGCGCCGGUCAGCAGGACACGAUGGGGGGACAGGACAGGCAGGGCUGGUCGUCGCCAUCGAAAAGUGGCUCAGCGGGCGUGCACAACCACAAGGUGCCGGUGGUCAUCUCGCCCACGCUAAAACACAGCCCGGCGGACGUGCACCUGGUCGGGGUGGACUCGCAGGGCAACCGCUUCAAGCUGCUCACGGAUCACCAGUCCGCCGAUAGAGACCGGCCACGGCUGGUCAAGCCCAAGUGCGCACCCCCUCCUCCGCCCACGCUGCGCUCACUCUCGCAGCCCUACGGGGCGGAGGGGCCAGACGAGUUCCCUCCAGAGGUCAACGGCGCAGGGCGCACCACGCGUUCAACGCUCAGGCCGGGCGGAGGAGGAGGAGGAGGGGAGGGAGAGGGGAGGCGGCCGGCCCCUCCGCGGCCCCCGGCCCCCUCGCCCUCCUCCACUCCGACCAAGCUGGCCAACGGCGCCUCCACCACCACCCACACCUCCUCGGUGGCCUCCAAGGUGGCGUUGCGGCGGACUCGGCAGCAGGUGGAGCGCGUGCUCCCCGACAAGGUCAGCAAGGAGGCCCUGCUGGAGUGUGCCGACAGCCUGAGCAGCGCUCUCCACAGCAGCGCCGAGCCGGCGUCCAGCAGCUUGGUGCUGGAUGCCGGGCACCAGCUCCUGGACUACUGCUCGGGCUACGUGGACUGCAUCCCCCAGACGCGCAACAAGUUCGCUUUCCGCGAGGCCGUGGGCAAACUGGAGCUCAGCCUGCAGGAGCUACGCGCCUCCUCCGGGACAGGAGGUGGAGGAGGAGGAGGAGGAGGUGGGGGUUUAGGGAACACUCCCGCUUUGGACAACUUGCACAGCUGCAUUAAAGAAAUCAGUGACGUGGUGCAGAGGUAGCCACUGUGAAGACCU